UUACACUUAAGUUUUUUCAGUGGGUGUGUGAAAAUUGUAUGUGUACUGAAAUUUUAUUUCAAAUAAUAAUUAUAAUACUUCAUAUCAUAUUCGUCUUAAAUAUAACUGUCUGGUUAUAAUCAGUUGUACAAUAUUAUCAAUAAAUUAUUAACUGGAUAUAAAAUUUUUCCUAAGUUAGCUUUAAAGAUCAAUUUAAAUAUGACAUCCGAUGAGUCCGACGAUGAACCACUAUCAACUUUGGCGGCAGCCAAAAAGGAAAAUCCUGAACAAUUCCAGGAUCCGGACGAUCCCGACGCAUCAAUAACCCAGAGCGAAGACUCUGACAGCGACUACGAAGUACCACAAAAAAAGAAGAAGAAGAAGACGAAGAAAAAGCCUCCGCCAGUUAGAAAGCUAGGUGUAACGAUUAAGAUCAAUCGGAAAUUAAACACUAUCAUCGUCCCACCCGUGAUAGCAAGGCCCACUGAUGUAUGGCUUUAUUUGAAAGAUCUGAAUCCAACCGGCCCUUACAGCUGCUUACUGUGUCCGGACUGGUUCAUAAAUAGGUCUAAAAUGAUACUUCAUUAUGCAUUGAACCACAAAAAAGAUUUUUGUGGCAUUUGCAGAUAUUUCGUACCAGACAGAGAGGCGUGGUAUGCCCAUGAAAAGUUUCAUUCACCAUGGCCUUGUUCCCAAUGUGUUGAGACAUUCCCAACAGAAAGGUUACUGCGUACCCACCUGGAGUCUGUGCACAACCUUGUUCAUUGCCGACUGUGCCAUUUCAGAGUAUCUGCUGAUUUGGACUAUAAUUCACAUCUAUUCCAGAAACACGGUGUGACAAACGUAGCAUCGAAAGAUGAGGAAUUACUCUGGUUAAUAGACUCUGAUUGCCCUGAAAAGUUUCUUUGCUUGUUGUGUAUUAAAACUGAAAAUGCUACCCCUUUUAAUGUGACUGCAUUUUUUGGCCAUUUCAUGGGCAUCCAUCAUUUUACACUCAAAUGUAUGGCUAACAUUAUAGCUGGGAGAGAUACCCCAUUUUUGGUCAAUGGUGCAGAAGUAAGCGAUCGUUUCCUCCAGCAACAGCUGAAAGAUUAUGGCAGGCUUGGGUAUGUAGAUUUAGUACCAAAGACUUUUGUACCAUAUCAGGAACCUGAACCAAAUUUGACACCAAACACAGAGGACAACUCACAACUUAUAAUGCCAGAGGUUAAAGAAGAAAGCCACAGUGAUACAGAUGAAAAAGUACAAAAGGAAAAGGAAGAAAAUGACAAUGACAAUGAGAUGAGUGAAAAAGACGAAAACAGCCAAAAUGAUGAAACCAUAGACUACAAAGGAGAGGAAGACUUUGAUAUUACACAUACAGAGGUUAUUUUACUUGAGAAAUGUUAUUACGAGUAUAUUGACAAAUCUCUCAGUUAUAUAAAUGAAAAAACAGUACCAGAAGUCUCUCAUAUAGACUACGAAAGGAUAAAAGGAGAUAUAGAUAUGGAUGUUGAAUGUGCAUUGUGCAAAAGUAAAUUUGAAAGUGCUCAUUCUUUUACCACACAUUUAAAUAAAAUGCAUAGUGUUAAGACAUUGCCAUUGUUUUCGUGUAGAGUAUGUGCUACAACAUUUGACACUUACUUGGAUUUGUCUAAACAUAUAUCUGAGGAGUUGGGUGAUUUUGAAGACUUGUGGAUAUGUCAGUUUUGUGAUAAGGAAUUUGAUAAUAGAGAACAAACUAGACUACAUUUAACAGAGCACUGGGCUUCUUUAGAUUAUGAUAACUGUUUUAGUCCUCAUUUGGGAUUCAAAUGUAAAUAUUGCCCAACAUUAUUUUGGAAUGAAACUGAAAGAGAAUCCCAUCAGACUAGAGUGCACUUCACUAAAUAUAAGGAUGAAUUUUACAAAUGUGAGAGUUGUUCUAAAACCUUUAGUGAUAAGGUAUGGUACAUCCAUCACCACAUAGAAAGCCAUUCAAAUGAUGAAGAACAACCAAUCUAUCUAAUAAAGUGUUCCCUGUGCUACGUUGUAGAGCCAAGUUAUGACAAAAUGAGACUCCAUUUUGAUGACCAUCAUCCGGAAAUUAGGAAACUUUAUUGUUCCUUAGAUGCUUGUAUGUUCAAACCUCUGAGUCACCGCAAGUCGUUCAAACUACAUGUCAAGAUGAUUCAUGGCCCAUCAGCAAAGUCGGAAAAGCCAGUGAACUGCAACAUAUGCAGCCGCGAGUUCGUCAGCGCGCGCUCGUGCAGCACGCACAUGGCGCAGGUGCAUGGCCCCGGCAAGUUCAAGUGCAAGCUGUGCAAGGAGGUGCUGCAGACCAUCGACGAGAGGAAACUACACUACCUGUUGUGCCACCCCGGCCGCCACCCGUUCGAGUGCUCCGAGUGCGGCAAGUCGUUCCAGUACAAGUCCUCGCUGUACAUGCACAAGCAGGACCACCUGCCCAACAAGCAGAGCUACACCUGCAGCUACUGCGGGAAAGUGUUCGCGAAGAAGGAUUCGUACCGCGAGCACGUUCAAAUCCAUGAGGGCCCCCGGCACGCGUGCUCCUACUGCCCCAUGCGCUUCGUGCAGCGCUCCAACAUGCUGCGCCACGAGCGCCGCCACACGGGCGAGCGGCCCUACCGCUGCACGCACUGCCCGCGCGCCUUCGCCGACAAGGGCGCUUGCACUGCACACACCAGAACACAUUCAAGAGACAGUUCCUUCGCUUGUCUCUACUGCGGACAAACGUUUGUCCAGAAGUCCAAGCUCACAUAUCAUAUACGGAAACACACAGGAGAAAACCUGGAGUCGUGCACGGUGUGCGCCAAGGUGUUCACGAGCGGCUGCGCGCUGCGCGAGCAUAUGAAGACGCAUGUGAAGAAGCGGCAGGUGGUCAAGUGCCCCUUGUGUGAUAAAACGUAUCAAGACGAGCGCUACAUGCUACGCCACUUGCGCACCAUGCACACGCGCGCGCAGUUCUCGUGCCCGCUGUGCCACAAGCUGCUCACCAGCGCCGCCGGCCUGCGCCACCACGUCAUCACGCACAGCAACAUCAACACAUUCCUGUGCAAAUGCUGUACCAAAACCUACGCCGUCAAAAGAACUAUGAUAAAACAUCUAAGAAAACGCCACGGGCUCAGAGGUACCGAGGUCGACCUCAAGGACUUCUUCGACCGCAUAGAGCCGAGAGACUGCAAGCUCAAUUUAGACGAAGCGACCAUGACCAACAUAUUUGGACCCGCCAAAAUUAAAAUCCCCGAUAUAUUGAUCAGUGAUUUCGUAAACUUCGCGAACCAACCGAAAAUGGCUGACAACACUGCCACAGAUGAGGAAGAUUCCGAUGAGGAGAAAGAAGAGAACGAUUCCGAAGGCAACGAGAGUGGAAAAGACAGCAGCGAUGAUAAAGAGAAGGAGCCGCAGAUAAAGCAGGAAGCUCAGAGCGGCGAUGAGGAGUUGGAGCCAACUGACUUUGUCAGCGUCAAAAUAGAACCGAUAGAUGAGGAGCAUGAUGAAUAGUUUAACAAUAAUUUAUUGAAUUUAAAUUUUUUAACGCUGUCUGGGCUUGGGGAGCAAACUGGUUAUUGUGUUACGAAAAAUGUAAUCGAAUUGACAAAACGCCAUCUGCAGUAAGACUGCUAAACUACGACUCCUGCAUGUGAAGUAAGUGCGACACGAGAGAUGGCGCUAAUAACAGCUAAUAUUUUCAAGUUUCUCUCUAAUCGAGUAUUUUAUUUUAUUUAUGAAAGAAAUUUUACUUCAACUGUGUGCUCACAAUCAUGUUUUGGUGUAAUAACAGUCUUAUAAACAAUAAAAUGAGUGGGGCAUAAAAAUAAGUGUACAUUAUAAAAAGUUAUACAUUAUAAGAAAAGUGUAUGUUAUAAGGAAAUAGGUCAAAUUAUCACAAGUAAUGUGGCAGGUGAAAACUGUAUUAUUUAAACUUUUAUCACUUUCUGAUAAGUGUCCCUCAUUCGCACGAGUUUUUUAACGGGCGUUAAAAAAGCGUUCAAAUACGGCAAAUGAAUUCCCAAGUAUAUGUACACUCUACAGCGUUUUUUUUAAAUUCGACGCUUUUUCUCGAGCUGUUUUGUAUUUUCAAUUUUGGGCGUUAGAUUAUAAUUUAAAUUCAUACUAUUUUUGAACGCUUUUUUAACGUCCGUUAAAAAACUCUCGUGCGAAUUAGAGCUAACAGUAGGUUUUGUCACUUUCUAACGUAUGUCAAAUGGCAAAGAAAAAUCUAGAAGACUCUUAUUCAAAGGUAGUGUAGCUCUAUUUCUAUUUAUAAUAGCACUAGCUGACUGACCCAUUACCUUAAAAAUACGGGAAUAAAAUACUACCGAAUGUUACACGCCGAUAAUGUAACUUUCCAUUGGUCAAAGAAAAAAAAACUUUAAAAUCGGUCUAGUAGUUUCAGAGCAUAUUUAAUGCAAACAAUCAAAAUGUUUUUACCCGACUGCAAGAAGGGUUAUGUUUUUCGCGCGUAUCUUGUGUGUAUGUUUGUAAUAUUCUUUAUUACCUCAUAUCUUCCAACUCGCUGGACGAAUUUUCGUAAUUAAGAUGUUAGAUUUGUCUUAAUAACCCAAGUGUUCUUAGAUCACAUAAACUUCGAAACGUCAGGUAAUAAUGUAAUAUCAUAAGAUAAUGGUGAUAGUAAUUGUUCGAAAAGUUAAAACUUAAUUUACGAAGGUUUCAAUCGCGCCUUGUUCCAAGAAGAGCCCACAACAAACUCGGCCAGAUUUUAUUUUAUUUGUAAAAUAAAGUAUAAUACCUAUUGACGUUACUCAGCGCAUGCGCGCGCAUCGCCAAGCCAGUGACGACUUAAAUCCUAAAACUUUGAGAUUUAAUCGGCUGAAGUGUGAUUUUGUAGUCGGUUUAAUUUUUUUGUUUAAAAAAUAUUUUAUUUCUCUGUUUUUAGUGUUUCCUAGCAUAGUGAACGAUAGCGACACAGAACGGUAAUUUUCGUUAUUUUAAUUUUAAUACAGAAUUACUGAACCGAUUUUUAUGAAAAGUUUAUGAGGGAAAAAUAAAAAAAAACAUACGCGUCGAAUUGCGAACCUCCUCCUUUUGUUGAUUUCGGUUAAAAACGUGCAGGACAGUGCCGUGUGAAUGUAGCCUAAUUUGUAGACAACAUACAAAAUAGUUUCAUGAUGACACAUUGAGUAGCUAAAUAAUAAAUAAGUAAGUAAGAAACGAGUUAACUUUCAUAUUUAAGUAUAUGAAACUUAGUAAACGUUUUAGCAAUAAUUAAUGCUGAAGUAGAAGUUGCAGAAAAUUAUUCUUUUUAUUAGAAAACUCGAUGAGAAUAGGUAGACGUAAGUAAGGGAGUAUUUAUCAUACAUUAUCUAGUGGGACACACAUAUUUAUAUUCGUUUUAGUAAUUUCUUAUCUCAGAAUGAAUGAAAUGUUACCUUUAGUAAUGUUUUAGUGUGUAAUUUAAUUCAAUAAAAAUGAAAUAAAGAGCAGUGAUAGCCUAGUGGAUAUGACCUCUGCCUCCGAUUCCGGAGGGUGUGGGUUCGAAUCCGGUCCCGGGCAUGCACCUCCAACUUUUCAGUUGUGUGCAUUUUAAGAAAUUAAAUAUCACGUGUCUCAAUCGGUGAAGGAAAACAUCGUGAGGAAACCUGCAUACCAGAGAAUUAUCUUCAUUC